CAAGUAUCAAGCACAUACGGCCACAGUCAGCUGAAAACUGGGCAUCCCGUCCGCUCUGCCAUACAUAAGCAGUUGAACGGCAGAUUAGUACUACGGUGGGUGACCACGUGGGAAUCCCUGCUGCUGUAUGUUUUGUGUUUUCGUUUUGCUCUAUAUCGCCCAUGUGUGAGCUUCGACAAUCGCUGCCUUGGUUAUUGCUCUUUUGCUGCUUGUUGGUCGUGUCUUCUAUGGGAACUUGAUGUCAAAGCCUCUCGUGACCGGUGGGAAGCAGUUUCUGCUUUUGGCAAACGCAAUGGCUGCUAG